AUGUGCUUUUUGGACUACAAAGGACCGAAACUUGAAGGUCUCAAGACGCCAUCCCUGCCGGAAAACUUUGAAGAGCUCGACGAGGUUGCAAAGAAACAUGCAAAGGAAUUGCUUGUUGAGCAGACCCUGUACAAAUACUAUGAUCUUUACUCAGCUUCUAUGAACGUACCGGCUUAUCACGCACUGAGAUAUCAGGAGACACUUCAGGGAGAGAUUGUCACUCUUAUUGGCAUGCUCUUGAAUGAUGGAGAACCAGCCCUGCAAGGGCUCCUGAUGAAACUCGCCAGCAAAUGGGAUCAACUCACCAGCAGCAAGGAAGGCCCUCCAUGCCCUCUGCAGUAUUCAGCUGAAGCCAUCGAUCGCCAGCAGGAAUUGGAGGCGAAGUGGGUGGAAGGGAUAGCGCUGAUGGACGAUGUACUAGAGUCACUAGGAGGAACUAUUUGUGGAUGGGACGGCUGGGUGAGCCAUGAGGAUUAUGAGGCACUCAAGCAAAAACUUGACCUUGUCCGAAAGCAGUUCAUUGAACAUUUUGCUGGCCUCGAAGAGAGUCAUCAAUCUACUAGCCGAGCCAGUGCAUCCAGAAUUAAGACAUUAAUUUCAACUGGCCCUCUUGUUUGCAUGCCCCCAUCCGGCGAAUCCUGA